AUGGACCAGAAUCUGAACAAUGAGGGCGACGAGGGAGACGAGAAGAGAAGCCGAAAGAAAAGCAGCGGAAGAGGAAGAGGUGAUAACAAAAAGGAUUGCAACAGCUGCAAGAAAGGUAGAUACCUUGAGGCGGAUGGUUUGAAAGCAGGAAUCGAAGAUGCAAUUGAAAGCUGCCCCGACGACAACACGGCCAGACGGUAUCAUCUAUCGAUUCUCCAGAGAAUCAAUGAACUUCGCCCCAACGGUGCCGACAUCACGAGAAGAACACAAGCCGCGAUUCUCAACGAUCUUACAGACGCGUACGAGCCCAUGCCCGACGACAGCACCAUUAUCGAUGAUGGAGACCGCAGCCACAACCACUUGUGGUAUUCGGCUUUGAUUCGUCGCGGUAUGAAACUCCCUGCCGAGUGGGAAGGCAAACCUCACAUCUCCGCGCGUUUCGACAAGCUCAGAGCCGUAUGGGAAGAAGCGGAAGAGACACCCACCCUGCGACGGCGUCCGGCCAAGGAGGAAGCCGCAUCAAACGAUCCAUCCGGCGGGGCUGUCGAUGACCCAGCGAAGAAUCCGGCUAGCAGGAAGCGCAAGAGACGAGCAGAUAUUGACGGGUCAGCUCAAGGCGAGGACGAGGACGCAGAGCAACAGUUCCAGGAAGCCUUCCGGGCAUUUCGAAGACAGGCUGCUUCUCAUAUCAUCGUUCCCUCUGCUCGAGGCGUGAACCAGCCGCAGGCCUAUGCUAGUAUCCCACCCAGCGGAUAUACUGCAAGCAGUAUGGAACAGGCACACCGUUAUCCAUCGAUCAUUCCGCCUCAGAUUCAGCCCAGUAUCCCCCAAGGCUAUAUGUACCCAGGCUUUACGAACCAGGCAAUGUUUCAUCAGAAUUCCGAGAUGACGCUGUUCCCAACCCGUCAUACUAUGACAGGCUCCCCACAUCGAUACUCGAACCAGCAGCACUCUCUCCAGCAACCUCUGCUCGUCAGUCAGCCGAAUCAGACUUCGUUCCAGACUCAUCAGGCUUCGUUCCAGACUCGGUCCCAUGCCUUUGGCUACACAAACGGCUUUUCGAACACCUACGAAAACGCUGCCGACGAUGUUACCAGUAACUUGUUUGGCCCUUGGGGUCUCCCAUAUGCUUUCGGAGGGGCUCCUUCAGCGAUUGAACAGGGGUAUAUAUAUGCCAUGGAGAACGACUCAGGCAUCAACCAAGCAGCUCCUGAUGGCACAAUUCACAACAGCGUUUCAGCUGCCGCAGAUGAAACAACUUCAUCUGGCGAGCAUGAAUCUAUUGAAGCGAGUGUCGACAGCCUCCAGGACGAGAUGGAACACUGA